UAUAACAUAUGUCACUGUCAGUACGCAUGUACUUAUUAUGACUUUUUUGUGAUGUUUAUUUUCACACGGUCCUUGCAGUUUUGUUAAAAUUCGCUUGAUUCUAUUCAUCAUGAAAUGUAAUGAAUUUGAAAAGACUGUUCCUCGCCAUCAUAUGAAUCUGUCUAACUUGGAUAAAGCGCUGCACGAUCUGGGAAUGUUGAGUGCCAUAACCGAAGCGCGUCGGGAGUACUUAAGAGAAUCUAGAUCUAAUUUCAGCGUAAUGCGCCUCAAUACUCGGUAUGUAUCUAAUGUAACAGUGGGCUAUUGCAUGAAAAGAACCGCAAACAAAAACAGACUUUGCCCAUAUGUUAUACCCGUCAGACAUAGAACUAAGAGUGAAAAUUCUGAUGCAAUCAGCGAUGUGAGCGACAGCGCGUGUGAAUAUAAGAGCAGUUUUCUCGACCCAUCGACAAGUAGCCAUAAUUCCUUUGACCCAAAGAGUCCAGCCAAGCGAUGUCAGUCUCUGGAGAACCUAAACUUGUCUCUGGAACCUCAAGCAAACACAGAAAUAUCUCCAGAAAUGGAUUGUGUGUCAACAAGGAUUCAGAAGUUACAGGUUGAUGAGUGACAAAAAAAUCUAUAAAACAUCUGCAAACCAGUGAAAUGACACUGUUGAUAUGUGUCCGUCAGUAUUGUUGAGUGUAAACACAGAAAUGGACAUAGUAGAGAAAAUAUGUUGUAUAUGUUCCUAGAUUCAUGAAACAAUUAGUAAAUGUCUUUCUAUAUUUGUGUGGGAACUUGAAAUCUCAAUUGAUUUUAGAUUAUUGUAUGUCAUUGCUCAAAAUUGUCUUCAAUUUGGUAUUCAAUAUGUAACCAGUAUGUUGUCUCUGUGUGUGUAAACAAAGCAUGUUGUUAGUUAUUUGUAGUUGUCAUCAAAUGUAAAGUUACCUCGAAUAAGUACCACCUUUGUGAUCAUACAGAACAAAUUUAUUAUUUCCCUAAGUUGCAGCUAAGCAUUUGCUGAAUUGAUGUAUUAAAAAUAUUAGAGUUAUUAUUUAUAUUUGAUUAAAAAUGUACCACCAUCAUAUAAUUUAUUGUUGAUUAUGUUAAAAACACUUAAUUGUGUUUUAGAUCUCAUUUCAUUGUGAAAUUUAAAGAGAAUAUGAUUGCAAUUUUUGUCACU